AUGGUGCCCACAGGAAUGUUUUCCUUUUCUUCUCAAACAGGACCAUCGGACCCCUUGAGUGGUUCGUGGGAAACGACAGGAGAAGGUGCACAGAACUUCCAAGACUUCUCAGACAACGGAUCUGCCCAUCCGGGAGACUCCGAGGACUUUUCUUUCCAAGUUGAUGGCCACAUCACGCCCAGAGGACAGGGCCAAGCCACCGAGGACCUGCAGAGCAAGUGGACUGCUGCCGCGCCCACCACAACCGUGGUGCCCGCUGGUGGUGAGCCGAUGCGAAGAGGGACUUCGCGCAGCUCGACCGGAAGCCGCAAGCACAGGAUUACCAAGAUCAUAUCCCCCAAGACCCGACCCAGAAUGACUUCUGCGGCGUCGUCUCAAGUAUCUGCCCAACUGUCCUCCAUGGACAUCACAGGUAAUGCUACAAUCUUCAACGGAUCCCAGCACAGCGCCCAAUUGAUGGACGUGAACCCCUACUUCCUGGACACGGACACGAGCGCCGUCUCGUCGCAGUGGUUUAACUCCGUGGAGCUCGGCAUGGUUUCUGACGGCCUCCCGUCUGCCGACUUGAACAUGCACGUUGUGCCUGCUCAGAUGCAGCUUGACCCUGACUCGAGCCUGGGUGCUCACUCUCCUUCUGCCUCGUGGAACUCUUUCAGCCCUGCGGAGUCCCAUCUAUCCUCGCCAGCUGGAAGCACUGAGGAUUCCUGGUUGUCCGCCCCCCUCAUGUCCUCGCCCUCUCACUCGGAGCACGUCUCCCCCAUUAUUCAAAGCCAGUCUCCAAGCCUAGAGUCAGCCUCUGACUCGACACUUCUGUACAGCGCCAACGGGAAGUUCAUGGGAGACGAACUCGCGGGAAGUGUCCUCACCAUUGUUGGCGAUGGCGCUCUGCCCCCUACUUUCCCCAGCCGCCGGCCUACCAACGAGGGUGACUCCGCCCGGGACCACCCUCUGUACAAGAAUGCUACCCCGCAAGCCGAUGGCCUGUUCCACUGCCCGUGGGAAGGAGAAUCCAGCUGCAACCACAAGCCCGAGAAGCUCAAGUGCAACUACGACAAGUUCGUGGACUCCCACCUGAAGCCCUACCGCUGCAAGAUUGACUCCUGCGAGAACGCCCGUUUCUCUUCCACUGCCUGUCUGCUCCGACACGAGCGUGAGGCCCACGCCAUGCACGGUCACGGCGACAAGCCUUUCCUGUGCUCUUACGAGGGAUGCGACCGCGCCAUGCCCGGCAACGGAUUCCCCCGCCAGUGGAACCUCAAGGACCACAUGCGCCGCGUUCACAAUGACAAUGGAGUCCCCGGAUCCCCUACCAGCACCAGCAACGGACAGCAGAGCUCCAAGGGCCGCAAGCGCAAGGAUGCGCCUAAGGCCGUCGGACCUGUCCCUCCCUCUCGCAAGGUGACUGCCAAGGCCGCUGUCGUGGAGGCUGCUGCCAAGGAGGAGCCAUCCUCCAAGCCCCUCAUUGACGAGUGGAUGUCCCACCGCCAGGCUCUCGAGGAAAUCAUCCGCGGCCUCCAGGAACCCGAGGACACCCGGAACGUCCAGCUCAUUCAGGAUGCCCAGAACCACCUGUCUGCCAUGGGCAAGAUCGGAUACAACCUGAGCCCGCCUCAGCCAAUGGAUACCAAGAUGUCCUUCCACCGGAACUUCGUCCAGGCCGGAUGA